AUGCCGUCAAAGGGCGACGAUGAGGAGAAGGAAGAUCCACAUACGAGCAUCCAUCCACCCAGUCCCAGCUCAGUUUACAGCAACGAUAGUCCUCUUGAGAGCGACAACACCAACAGCGGCAUUCGAGGUACCGAUGACUGGAGUUUCUUGGAUGACGUUCAUGUUGCUAUCGUAGCUUGGCUUGAUGCUGGAGGUUUGGAGAUGGUGAGGCUGGGGUAUGCACCUGUUUUCGCGACUGGAAUGGGUGGAAAGGGGAGGAGGAGGCAUAGUGUGUGA